AUGGCAGAGCGCCCUCUGCCAAGCCUCGCCGAUUCUGUGGUGACGGGCAAUCGCCUGCGCCUGCAACGCUCCACGCGUCGCCAGCCAAGUCACUGCGACAAGCCCAUGGCCAAGCCCAAGUAUCAGAGGGAUGCCGACCGCAGGCACCGCCAUCCCAGCCAUGAGGUCAAAGUAGAGUUAAGGCCCAACACCCAGCAUGAGGUCAUGGCCAUCUUGGCCCAGCUCCUCGGCACCAUCGCCCGCCUGCAGCGCCGCCGCCUGAGACGCGACACCGCGCGCGAGACGCCGGCCGCACCGCUGCUGCUUCAACCACCGCCUGCAGACCGCGUGCUGGACCGGUGGCAGCGGCGCCAGCGGCGCCUGGAGGCUGACGCUGCAACCUGGUUCUCCGUCUUCCCCGGGAGCGUGCGGCCGGUGAGCACGACCUGGCCGUGGACGAUCAAGCCGGCGCUGGCGGUGCUCUGGGGCGUGUGCUGGCAGUUCUACGAGCCGCCGCCACCGUCGCCGCUUUCUGGCAGCUUCGAUGCGGCUGACGGCGACGGGCGCGCCCGGGUGCGGGCUGCGAGCGUGCUGAAGGGGCUGGAGUGGUGGCAAGCUCCAGACGCCCGGGCAGGAGCGUAUCUGCAGUUCGGCCGGGACGCGGUUGCGACGGCUUUGGGGGGCGCGAGGGGGCAGCAGCUGCAGGCUGGAGACGGCGCUGCGGGCGGAGCGGAAGCGCCGGCCUUGGAAUUCAGGAAUCCAAAUCUGCGCGCCCCCGCUGCCGCUCAGCCACAGCUCCGACGCAAUCCUCGCAAUCGACGCGCCCAAGGCUCCAACGCUGAUCCGCGGCCGCCGACCGCCGCCGGCCAUUUAUAUGCCAACGCGUUGUCGCCCAACGCGUCGCCCUGCGAAGCUCAAGCCUGCGAGUGGCCUUACGAAUCAGCCUCAGGCAUUGCCACCUUCGUGCCCACUUCCCACCACCUCUCGCUGCACGCCCGCACCACAACCACUUCGCUCCACGAUCCCUUCGACUGGUUUUCCCACCAUCAGGAUCCCUCCCAGCUGACCCCGAGCCUGCCCGUUCCCGAGCUGCGCAUCGAGGAUUCAUCUCUGCCGACCGCGCUGCAGCCUGCGCCUGUGCAUGCGCCUGCAUCGCCCGCCAACGACUAUAUAUCGAGCCGGACCCUCUCGCCACGCCGCGCCGCCCUCUCAUCCCCGUCUCUUUACGUUUCCCCCAUGGACGCUGCCGUUGCCCACGUCCCGCAGGUGAUGCCCGAUUUUUGCAAGGCUUCUGGCCCCGUCAGUCCUGUCUCCAUGAACGAGGAAGCCGCCGCUCAAAUGUCGCCCGCCGCAAUCUCGACCGUCGCCAACCCCCGGAAGCGGAAGCUGUCCGACGUCUCCCUCGCUGCCCAUCCUGUGCAGCCCGCCGCCAACCCUCAGCUUCCCAUCCGUGAGUCCUCCGAGGAGCAGGACCGCUACGACGGCUACACGCCGCGUGGCAAGUAUUCGCACAAACGCACCGAGGACCCGCCCCGAAAUGCCGAGGGCAAGAUGGUCUGCAACUUUUCCUCCGACUGUCACGGUGUCACCUUCGAUCGAAAGUGCGAGUGGAGCAAGCACAUGGACAAGCACGACCGUCCGUAUGUCUGCCGCCACAAGGGCUGCGAGAAGCUCCAGGGCUUCACCUACUCUGGCGGCCUGCUGCGCCACGAGCGCGAGGUGCACAAGAUGCACGGCGGCACCAAGAAGGCCCUGUUCUGCCCGCACCAGGACUGCAAGCGCAGCAUGGGCCAGGGCUUCACUCGCAAAGAGAACCUGGCCGAGCACAUCCGUCGCGUCCAUCGCCGUGCCAGCGGUUCCGACGCCGCCCCCUCCCCCACCGCUCAGCCGGGCGGCCAGUCGAAGCCCGAGGACGAAGGCGCUAGCGAAGCUGGCCUCAGCCCCGAUGCCGAGGCCGAUGAAGUUUACGGUGGUGCCGUCGGCGAGAGGCGUGUCGGCCCAUCGCCGAGUAAGAAGAGGAGGAUGUCUGGCACGGAUGGUGGGGGCAGUGUCGGUGGGGGCGGUGGUGAGACUGACGAGGAUGACCUGAGAGAGGAGAUCAGGCGACUUCGUCGCGAGAAUGAGGAGAAGGACGACCGGCUCAAGAAGCUGGAAGCAGCAGUGGAAGCCCUCAGUAGAGGGCAGGCCGCUCCCAUGGUUUGA